CCAUCCGAAUGCGGGAGGAGGUGGUAGCAUAGGUUUUUGAGCUCGGAAACACAGGCAGCUGCCGCCAGAACGUAGCAAAACUUCACUCGGUGCGGUCGUCGUAACAUCAGAGGCAAAGAACCCGUGUUUGUGUGUGGCUGGCCCCAAAACGCGCUCUCGGGUAUUCCCCUAACAAUCUAUUCAAGAAAGAAAAAGAAAAAGUCACCUACAAGUGGGAAACAGUCGUCGUCAGCUUUCUGAACCUUCAAAACAAGUCUACGGAAAAGCAAUCGUAAAAGAGAUAUCCUAAUUUUAGCUUGGUUGGUUCGCUACGAAGCAAGCAGGAAGGAGUAACCGGAAAAGAAAGCAGCAGCAGCAGCAGCAACGAACUGCAGACUCAGCUCGUGUGCUUCUAAAGCUCUAAUCACUAGUGUGUUGUACAAAUUAUUCAGGUUCACAGCCAGAAAAUUUCAGCAGUUGAAACGCGGGUGCUAUUUCGGAUCGAACUGGAGUGGAAUAACUUAAGCGAAACGCGACAAGUUUCAGAACCAAUUCGCUGAACUGCAGUCAGUGCUACGUGCGUGUGUUGCGAAUAGUCACAGAGGCAUAAAAAUAUUUAUAUUCCAGAGUGUUAGCUAAUUGAAAGGCUUUAAGUUUUGCUAGUCCAAAAGUUUGUUUCAACGUCGUUUUUUGUAACUUUUUUAUAAAUAUAUGUCAACCAAAUAAAAAAGUGAGAUUUGUAACGCAUCUUGAGAUAUAGAGAUUAGUUUUCUAAGCCGAACACGUUUGCGGCAAACCAAAAAUAGUUAAUGUUGAUGUGUAGUGCAAGUGUUUUAAACUAGUGAAAGUGUUUAUUUUUCUACCUUCAAUCGAGUUCUUAGGAAGAGGAGAAAAAAAAGUUUGUAACAUAAAUCGUUUGUAUAAAGAAAAAAAAAGAAUUUUGAAAUUAUCACAUCGUUAUUCAGAAAUCUUUCGAAAGCUAGCCAUAAGUCGUUAAAAGUAACCGUUUUAAAAUAGUCAUUCUUGAACAUAAAUCGGCGGUGCAUUUCGGUGUGUUUUCGAACCUCUAAAUGGGUGAUUUUAUGUACGGUAGUUCAGUACUGGCGAAUGAUUCGUGCGUGUCCAGCCAGUCGCUGCUAGACACGUUGAGCAUCAACAACCUGCUGAACAUUAAACACCUGACGAACGGAGCUGGUGUCGGCGGCAGUAGUGUUGGUGGGGGUGGUGGUGGUAGUGGUCACAGUCCUUCUGCAGCAGCGGAAUCAUCAACGGUUACCAGUCUCAGCUCGGCUUCGUUGAUAGUGGACUCCAUCGUGGACAACAAUAACAGCAGCAAAAAAUCAAACAUGCCAGCUACGAGCAGUGCCGGAGCAAGUGGUAUAGAUGAAUCGGGGCACAUGAUGAGCAAUUCCUGCAAUUCGGGAGUAAGCAUUCCAACCAUCACGACCGCAAUUUCUUCGGAGUGUGCUUUGACUCCUACCAGUGUGAACACCUUGUCUCUCCAGCUGAACACACAGCAGUCCGAUGACGACACAUCAACCUCGUCACUGCUGAAUGGAGGAGGUUCCGUCGCGUCUCCUAUCGCUUCACUGAACAGUCACAAUAACAACAACAGCUCGAACUCAGCCAACAAUAAUCUCCUGAUUGAGAACUCCGAUCUACAUCUUCCCAGCGCCGCCGAUGAACUUAGUCUCAAGGCAUCCGAUCUCAGCUGCCUGGGUGUAACUGCCAGUAUGAUGAACGGAGGAUCCUCAUCGCACAUGGUUCUUCCUCCGAACGGGCUGAACUUUGGAACACCGUCGGAUCACAGUCCCUGGUCCACCAGUUUGGAUGAGGCGACUAGCUCUCACCUGUCGAUCAAUGGUUUAGGCGGAUUCCAAAACUACUCAAACAAUCACCUGUACAAUGGAGCUGCAGUAGCUGCUGCAGCGGCUGCCGCUGCAGCUCAACAGCAACAACGCCGUGCCAUCACCGCUUCCCACGGAGGAUUCCCACAUCACGGUCUGUCUCCCAAUAACAGUGCAGUUGUUCAUUCUGCUGGUCCGAACCAUAUGAUUCAACAUCCCGCUGCUCAGAAUCAACAGCAGCAAAACCAGUUCAAAAACUCCUACCCAACAUGGUCCAAUCCUGGCCCGGCUGGUCCGUGGUCCCAGCAGCAACCGCAGCAGCAUCCCCAACAGCAGAAUCCAAUGAACUCCUGGAACCGGGGCCGUUCCGUACCGAACAUGAAUCUCGGUAACGGUCUUUCCGGUGGCAUCCAUUCCCGUAAACAUCACAACAACCUAAAUUCCCAAUCUCAAUCGCUUUCACCGUACGCCAACCACCUACACCAGCAGCAGCAGCAACAGCAACAGCAACAACAACAACAACAGCAACAACAACAGCAGCAACAACAGCCCCAUCUCCAGCAAUCGUUGAACAUGGCAUCUAACCUUAUCAACUCACCGUCAAAGUACCGCCGCAGUACUUCGUAUCCGGGUAAAUCCGGGAUGCCCAACUCCGGUGUUAGUGGUGGUGGUGGUGGCGGUUUCGGUGCUGGUCCGCUGGACGUUGUCCCGUUAGACGACUCCCGAGAUCCAUUCCUGUCAUCCUAUCAGGACCGCACCGGAUUAAACAAUGGAUUAGAUAUGCGUUCGCUGGAGCACUGCCUCAGUGACAUCAUGCGGAACGUUGGCGAAGCUUCCCAGCCGGAUCAUCUGAAAGGAUUCCUCAACUGCAACACGAACACGCUGCAGUCGCUAGCUCAGCUACACGGAAAACUCGAUUUCCACGAAUUCAUACCAGGCAAACCGUUCUUCUCCGGAUUAGACGAGCACAUUUCGGACGAGGCUGGCGGUGGCGGAAACGGAGGUGGUGGCUACGUGGGCAGUACCAACAAUCACCAUUCCCAACAGCAACACCAUCAUCAACACCACCAGCAGCAUCAUCACCACCACCAGUUGGGCGGUCUCGGCUCACCAGCUCGAUCGUCACCGCACUCGAACGGUUCGGAAUCGACGGAACGGUUCUCGCGGAAGGUAUUUGUUGGCGGUCUACCACCGGAUAUCGAUGAGGAGGAAAUCACCACGUCAUUCAACCAGUACGGAGCUCUGGUCGUCGACUGGCCGCACAAGGCCGAGUCCAAAUCAUACUUUCCACCGAAGGGAUACGCGUUUCUGCUGUUUCAGGAGGAGCGUGGCGUCCAAAAGCUCAUCGAGACGUGCCACCCGGAGGAUGAUAAGUUGUACAUCACCGUGUCAUCACCGACGAUCAAGAACAAGGCAGUACAGAUUCGUCCCUGGCGUCUGGCAGAUGCCGACUACGUGCUAGAUGCUUCUAUGCCACUGGAUCCGCGCAAAACGGUCUUUGUCGGGGGCGUUCCGAGACCGCUGAAAGCAUAUGAGCUGGCAACUAUCAUGGAUCGCUUGUAUGGAGGUGUUUGCUACGCUGGUAUUGAUACCGACCCCGAAUUGAAGUAUCCGAAGGGUGCCGGUCGAGUGGCUUUCUCAAACCAACAGAGCUACAUUGCGGCUAUUUCUGCCCGCUUUGUGCAGCUGCAGCACGGAGACAUCGACAAGCGGGUCGAGGUAAAGCCGUAUGUCCUGGACGAUCAGAUGUGCGACGAGUGCCUGGGCCAGCGAUGCGGUGGCAAAUUUGCACCGUUCUUUUGCGCCAACGUUACCUGUCUAAAGUAUUAUUGCGAACACUGUUGGGCCCACAUCCACUCGCGCUCCGGUCGCGAGUACCACAAACCCCUCGUCAAGGAAGGUGCAGAUCGGCCCCGGGCAGUACCUUUCCGCUGGUGUUAACGCCAGCCCCCACGAUCAAUGUCGACUGCAGCCGGAAGGACAGCACAAUCUGCUUUCGGGAACGCAAUAUCGAUGAGAUCGGGUCACAACAACAACAGCCACCACCAGCAACAACCGCAGCAUCACCAAAACCACCAACAGCAACAUCACCACCAUCAGUCAGUUGCUGGUAAUUCUAGCGCCACUUCCACCGGUACUAUUGGCGCUAGCUUUCACGGGUUUGGUCACCCAGGGUCAUCAAACUAUGUACCUCCGCCACCGUCGUUUCCCUGGACUAAUAGCAACAACAGCAGCAGCAGCAAUACUAGCAACACUGGUCUCGGAUUCGGUACCAAGUCCAGGCACAAUCUUGGGAGGGUAUCGACUUCGGGUGGUUUCUUGGCCCCACCACCAACGCGUUACAGUUCAGGUGGUGCCGGUGGAUGUGUCAAUGGCGGCAAUAGUUCUGCUGUGCUUGUAUCCAACAGCGGCAGUAGCAGCCCUUCCUCGAUUCGCUGCAGUAGUUCGAUUGAUCAGGCCCUCGCUAGCGCAGGUGCGGUCAGUAGUUUUAGUACGAAACAUGAAGACAUUUUCAAGCAGCAUCAGCGAAAGAUGCAACAGUAACAGUUACAGUCGUCGCUCUCGACAUCUGCUGCCUCCAGUGGCGCGUUCGGGAACUAACACUAGACUUGAAAUAGCGACAAUUUCACGCGAGAAGCGAUUUUUAUAAACCAACAGAAUAGUUCGAUUUUCUACUCUACCUUUAGAACCUAGGAAUAGUCUAGUGAGCAAAAAAAACAAGAGAAAACGUGUUUUUUGUAAAAAGCGACAUAUUACGGAACAAAAAAAACAUGAAGUAUUAAAGCGAUUGGUCAACAGAAUGAGUAGUAAGAAAGAAAAAAAAAACAAACAAAAAUGAUAAUAAUCUUUCCUCGCUCUCAACCACCUGGCAUGUAAACUAACAUGCAGGAACGUAUAGAGAGCGAUACCAAUAACAAAACAAGAUUGAGUUACAAAGCUAGUGAGUACUGUUUAUAAUUCGUUCACUUUUUAUAUUGAGAUGCGUUUUGUUAACUUUUGUAUGAAAUCGAAUUAGAGCAUUGUAUAUCUAUAUAUAUCGUACAGCUGCUGAUUUAAUGAUAAAAUCAGCUAGUAAAAACAACCUAAAUGAAGUAAGAAAUUUAAUAUGACACUUGUAUUUAAUCCGAUAUCAGCUGAAAAACUACACAUUCAUAUAAAAGACGAGGUAAUAUUGUAAAUAUGAUACCAAAAUACUACGAAAAUAAAAGACCGAAGAGAGAAGACAAAACAAAAUCAUGCAAAUCAUUUUUGUGAUAGGUAUUUUUGUAGACAUCCAAACUCAAAUCACUGUCAAAUAAGAUAACGCAGAGAAUCGAUCGAAAGUCAUUAAAGAGUAUCAUCCAAACAUUCACAACAUAUACUUGAAUCGUGUAUCGGGUCAUCAUCAUAGCGAUUUUUAAAUGAAUCUAAAAAGAACCACUGUUUUUGAUAAGCUACUAUUUUCAGUAAAAAAAAAUAUUAAACAUCUUAUCUAAAAUGCUAUGCAUGUUUUGUUUUAAAAACGAAGCAAACUUUUCCAACAAAAAAUCCAAUUCCUUAGUACCUAGUCAAGUUUUGUUGUUUUCUUACGACUGUUAUCUAUCUGCGUAAAAAACUGUUUGUUAUGCAUAUAAGUAUGAGAUAGAACCCUACACCCAUAGCUAUUAAUAAGUAUUUCUUAGUUUCUGUUGGACUUUUUUCGGCAAGCAUGCUAAGUUACUUCUUUGAAUAUCGGCAAGAUCGCCGCGAUCGAAUGUGUAAAUAACUAGCUAACAAACAAAAAAAAAAUGAAACACUUUAUCAACGACAAAAGAAUAUCUGAAGGCUCUGUCAAGACGAGACGAAGCAAGAAUAAUGUAAUACAAUACGCAUAAAUAGAUAAAUGAAGACCACCUAAAUCUGCGAUACAUUAGAAAACAUAAUUGAUCAUCAAUUUGGGUUCCCGAUGAAAAGAUAAGGAUAAGCUAGAAUCUGUCUAGUUCUGUAUGUACUUAAGUCUCCCAUACCCUGGCCGAUUUCGGAAUUUUGAUGGUUCCGGUCCAAUUUUCUGCCACAAAUCACUGUUCUAGUUUCGACAAAAAAGGGAGCGGGUUUGCAAUAAGUGAAAAGGGUGUGGAAAUAUUUUUCUAGAGCAUAUUUAAAGGGAAGCAAAAAACGUUCGUGUUCAAAGUUGUGUUUGCUUUAAGGAUGUGCAAUUUUUGUUAUGGCAUUAGAUACGAUUACAAAAAAAAUGAUACAUACUUAAGGUUGAACGAAGACUAGUAUGAAAAUCGAAGACGAAAGCAGUUUUGUUCUACAACGAUUUACUUCAUUAAAAUCAGCAGUACUGCUACCAUACUCUGCAUAAUUCUGUGUUCAACCUUAACUAUUCUCAUGCAUGUUCUAGAAAUCGGUUUGGCCGAAGCUGCAAUAGACGUUUACCGCGAAAAUUCUUGUGUUAGAAAUUCGGGCUUUCUUUGGAAAAACAAGUUAAGGAUAGUUUGAGAAAUUGUGUUACCCUUUUGUCGGUCUGAGCUUUCAAGAUUUAGGAACACAUAGGAUUACUGAAGUAUAAAAAAAUUUCCAGUACCUACACUUACCAUUAACAAUAUAGGCGUACCGGGGUUAAUUGGAAGCUUCAUCCAAUCCUGUUCACUAGUUCCAGUACCGUUGGAUUGACAAGUGAAUCCACAAAAACAUUUACGAAAUAUCUCGGUUUCUUUCAGUUCAUCAGAACGAUUCAUUUAACAUUUAUCCACCAUCGCAUUUCUACAGAACCACCAAAAUUGCUUACGACACCUACAAGACGAUGGAUCAGGAAAAUUAACCAGGUAAAAACUAGAUUGGAUGCGGUAAUUCAAUGUAACUGACUUACCUGUGGGAGUACGGGCAACUUCAUCUCCAAGGAUCCGUUACUGCUCUAAAGCGACGUGAUAAAAUCUCUACGGGUACAUAGUCUGGGGCUAAUCGAGCACAAUCUUCUGAACGUUUCUUGCGGUAUGAUCCUCUGCUGCUGCACUUCAUAUGUAUUAGGUUCACAUCAAUUUCGACAAGCAAUCCGGAUUCAAUGUGUUUGAUUGUAUAAACGGGGCUCAUUGAACAAUUGAACAGUCAACAUAAACUUGAACGUGAACAAAAUAUUAACCACAGACAAAUAGACAUAGCACUCAAUUCCAAAUAGCAAGCUGCACGCAGGAAAAAGUUUUCAACAAUUGAAAAUUAAAUUUAUAUAUCAAAUUGAAUAUUUUAAUUGUAAUUUAUUUAUUGAAUUCAACGAGGGGAACGACAAUCCGUGAUUUAUUGAUGAAAUAAACAUAUAAUUUAUAAUUCUGAACCCCAGUUAAGCUCAGCCGGAAAUGAACUGGAAUUCCGGCUGGUUCCAGUUCGCAUUCCGGCUCCAGUGACACAACCGAUUCUAGUUAGAAUCGGUUGUGUCCAAGGGGUAGAUCACUUGUGAUGCAUUUUUAAAAAUCAGCGAAAUCAAAAUGCAUUUAUUUCCAUCAAAAUAGAAAUUCAUAAUGUAUUUUGCGUUGCGUGCAAUGUUGUUUGCGUUGCGUGUAAGACGUCAAAACCCUACAGAAAAACUAGCCCUACAUUUAACAAAACAUCGAACAAAGUGGAUCAGCGUAGGACGUUUGUUAAACAAACUUUUCUACGAGGCAGUGCAAAGCUGAUGCAAAAAUGGAAAUUAAAUACAUUUUUUCAAUUUGAUGCAAAUUUGUUAUACAUUCUUAGAGUGAUCUGCCCCUAGGUUGUGUCACUGGAGCCGGAAUACGAACUGGAACCAGCCAGAAUUCCAGUUCAGUUCCCGCUGAACUUUACUGGGACGGAUUGAUAAAGAUUGGCGUUGGUUAGUUCGAAAUAGAUUCGCAUUUCCAACAUUUCUUGAGAAUGACCGAUGAUGGUUUGAAACAAUCGGUGUUAUGUCAGACCGGACUAAGUCGCAAAAUAUCAAAAAAUGAGAUAAUUAUAGCAAUGGAUAAAGAAUUUUGUCAGCUACAUUCGACUUUUGCCAGAUUUGAAAUAUGUAACAAUAAACAAGAAUUACUGCAAAAAUUAAUUUCCAAUCAUAAUGUAAAGGAUGCUGCGAUUCAAACUUUAAACUCGUUUUUCUCGAAAUCAAUAUUUUGUCACUUAGUCCGGUCUGACUUAACACCGACCAAACGUGUCAUGAAAACAAUUGAAUGAUAGAGCUUUUAUUUAAAACAUCAUAUCUACAAUCGACAAUAAGACCCUUUGUUUACUUUCUCUUUUGAUUUUUACGGCGUCGCUGAAAAGUGUUUCACUUAUUUAACAAUACAGAUCGAAAGACGGUGCUUUUGACUACCAUGUUAUAUAAAGUGACCAGACCAUGAUGAUUAAAAUACAUCAGCUAAAUUUGCACGUUCCACGAUUAUAAACUUUUAUGAGUAAAAUAUGAGUGUACAAUGUAUUAUUCGAAUAGAAAUCAGCAUUUUGGUAAAUGCGGGACCAGACCUUGAAAUCCGGGACUGUCCCGCCUAAUCUUGGACGUCUGGUCACUUUAAUAUUAUACAAAGAGUUGAGGGAUAAAUGUUAAAGCGACAGAAUUAUAAACAAAAGAGAAAGAAAAAUGAGUCACUCAUUGUAGAUAUGUCUUUUUGGGCUCAAGAAUUGCUCAAAAUUCACGUUUUGACAGUUUCAGUGCUCGAUGAAACCAACCCAGUUAAGCUCAACCGGAAAUGAACCGGCAUUCUGGCUGGUUCAAGUUCGCAUUCCGGCUCAAGUGACACAACCGAUUCUAGUUAGAAUCGGUUGUGUUACUGGAGCUGGGAUACGAACUGAAACCAGCCAGAAUUCCAGUUCAUUUCCGGCUGAACUUUACUAGGAAAACAAAACAAUUCCAGCAGGAAAACUGCAGGACCACAUCAAAACAAAAAGAAAUUCGAGUAAAAUUGGAUUUAGAUUGAAUAGAUUUAUUGUAAUUUCAUCGAGUUUUUUGACAACGCUCGACUGGUUAGAAAAUAGUUUAAAUUUUGCAAAAUUACCGGAAAAAAUACAAAUUCAUGCAAAACUGAACGGAAUAUAACAAUUAUUCUGAAGUGACGUUCCUCUCGGAACUAAAUAAUAUUAUUGUUUCAAUAAACAAAAAUUAAAGUUCCUCUUUUCAAUAAUUUAAUUGAAAUUAAAGCAAAAUUAUUUGAUCAAUAAUAUGGUCGUUUGGAGCAAUAAACUAUACAUGAUUGAAUUUAUAGUUUUCUGCAUGUGAGAGCAAUUCUCAUUAGAGUGUGAAAGCCAACUGUUAAAUUUCGACCGAACUUUUGCUCGUCAAGGUUGAUGAUUGUUUACAAAAAAGAAUGCAGAGAAUUGUUUUUUUUCAUGUCGGCUGCAGUGCUUGGCGGCGAAAAUAACGGUUUCUUCUGAACCUCUUCUCAAAGCCAUGUAUGUUUCGAAAUCGUCCAAUGAAGGAUGUUCGUUUGAACAACGCUGGUCAACGUCUAACAAAGCGUUCAACAGAACCGUUGAACCCGUGUUGGACGACUUUGAAACAACUUGUUCCCAGUCACCGUACCCUAGCAGAAUGGUCGCAGAAGUUGAGCAAAGCGAAAUUGAUGCUGGCAGAGUUUCCGCGAGCGUUUUGUGCGAGAAUUCUGGCAAAGAAUUCGCUCAAAUGCAACAACCGUUUCUGACAGUUGGCACGGUAAAGAUGGACACGUCUAUCGAUACCAGGACACAUGUUAGUGAACUCGGGUGACGCGUAGAUAUACUGCCUAAGCUCGACCCUCAUUAACAGAAGACAAAGCUUAAGCCCGUACGAUAUUAAGCCUGUUCUAAUGACCCUGCCACUUCUAGUUUUCCGAUCUGUUUACUUCACAUCCUUGCUCUCACUUGAGUACUAUGGCUCUAAUUUUCAUAACUUUCCCUACCCAGUAAUCUCUAGCUAGCUGAAAAAAAAUGUAAAAUGUAAAAAAUAUAAAAAAAAGUUUCUGACAGAAGUGGACUAACCGAUGCUGCUAACUUUUAGCCAGACUCCAGCCAGUAAUAUACGGUCAGGAUUUCUGUACGCUACCUGCCACAUAUUUGUCAGAUGUUUUGCUCGAUUCAUGCUGAUAUUCUACCAGGUAGGAAUUGCCAGGAUCUUUGCACGGUUUAUUUUCGAGUUGUGCCAGAGUUUUGCUCGGUUCUCGGUCACAAUUUACCAGAAAACGCUAGCGAAACCGAGUUCCCCCUAGUUCAGCUAAUCCGACACGAUGCGCGCAUAAAUCUGACAAGGCUACUAAACCAAGACUGACAGAAAACUGGCAGAACGGUCUCUGCCAGAAAAUUUGGUGACUGGGAUUUAGGAUUCUCAGUACGAAGUGAACUUUAAUAGUUCGUUGUUACGCCCUUAUCAUACGUUAAUCAAGAUCCUUUACACAUAGAAAAAAUGUUGGGUGGAUUAAAAAUUAGCUCUUUGCAAGAGACAACCAUUUUACGCAUAACUUAAAAGUAAAUUUCUAUUCUUGGUUAGAUUAAAGGUAUAACUUUGGUUGUUUUUUGUUAAGACCUAAUAAUAGCAGCGAACAAAGAAAUCAAUGACAUAGAUGAGGUGAGCAAACACAAUUUGAAAUCCGAAGUCAGUGGUAUAUUUUAAUCAGAUUAGCCGGUGUUUCUAUUUUUAUAUUAGUCGUACUACAAAAGUGAAUAUUAAUUGAAUGUAGGAAUUAUUCCUUCCCGAUACAAUGUAAUUUUUUAUUUUGAAAGGGAAACUAUGUCGUUUUUUUAAAACAUUUUGGAACGAAAAUACUGGCAAAUAGAAGAAAAUUAUCGAAACGAAGGCGAGACAAAUCGUUCCGAAAUGGCAUGGAAACAUCCGAAAGCGACAAAACUCUAAACUACAAAAUUCAACAAAUAUGGCUGACAAAAAAGGAAAACGACGCAUAAAUGCUGAGACGGAACCAUUCUGCAAUCAUAAUCUUCCAAAUAGUUAAUGAGAAUAAAAAACCAAAAUAAUACACACAAAUUAUAUAUGAGUAGCCUUUUCAUACAAGUUGAUUCAUCCUGCUAGAGGAGCAUGGAUCAAAAUCCUGUACUGUAGUUAUGCCAGUGUUGGAAGUGUGCACUCUCGGAAAUGAUAUAUUUUUCUAACACUCGGAUUGUUCGUCCAGCAAUUCUCUGGGGUCACAAUUAGGCAAAACUAUAGUUAAUUGAAAGUUCGGUUGAUCAAUGUUUAGCGAUAUAUUCAGAUUUUGUGUUCAGCAACGCCUGAUUAAUGAUGAAUGUUACAAAAGUAAGUCAAAGUAAUUUUGUUACUCGAAAUUCAACUGUUCAGCAAAAUUGUCCUAAAUCUGGAUAUUACAAACAUUACCAUUGACAGGGUAAAUGACUUCAAUACGACGGAUUUUUUUUUCGAAUGAAUGUUAUUUGAACUGGGUCAUUAAAUGAAUAAUACAAUCUUUGUUUACUGUACAUCAAUAGAAAUCAGCACCGCCGCACAAUUACAUGCCAAAAACUAGAGCUGUAAUUAGUUCAAUCAUUUUGAACCGUUGAAAUGUCAAAAAAUUACAAAAAAAAUUGUUUGCAAAUCUGAAUUAUCACGACCACAUCGAUCAUUGAAAUACCUUGAUCCCUGUCCUUUUGCUGGGAUAACUGUCAAAAAUUGCAACCCACGUGGCUAAAUUGAUGUCUGGCAAGGAAGAUCGAUAGUGUCAAACGAGGACGUGUUUACUUAUUUUAAAAAAAAACCUAUUAAAAUCAUCCUAAAGUUCUAAAGGUUGAAAGUUUAAGUUGUUAUAUUUAGAAAGAUGAGGUCUAUCGGUUUAUACAGCAAAAGGAGAAUUUUUUUCUUCCAAUCGAAAUUUUUUUUAGAAUUUCCCAAUUCAUACGUGAUUGCGCUGAAUAUCAUAAGAUUUGAAUUAACAGACCGAAGUGUAGUCACGGCACUGUGAUCAGAACCUUUAAGGAUUGGAUUAUGCAUUGUUACAUUUAGAAAGUUGAGCUCUUUCGGUGUAUAGGUAAUCAAAGAAUUCUUCGUUUAAUCAUCCAGUUCUCAAAAUCGACAAAAAUUCAACUGGAGUUAAACUCGAUCGGAUCACAUUAGAAUAAUUAAUUUGUCGUAAUGAAUAAUUUCAAAGAUCUCGUUAGAAAUAUUCUAAAGUUCAAUGAAAACAAAACCCGUUAAUGGGUGUUAUUAUGCAAAUAUGAAUAUGAUUGAUGCUCUGAAAGUUCAAAUUUUGCUACAUUCGUGCUUAUGAAUAUUAAAAAUGUUGAAUACGAUAUUUUCAAUUCAUCGAGGUACACGUUGUAUUUAAUUUUUGUUUUAAAUCAUAAAAUGUCAGAAUUUAUGACAUUCUUGUCUAUUUUUAUUUAAAAUGUUUGUCACAGUCAGAGAACUGCAUGAACUGCCCAGAUCUAAUUUUACAACAUGGUCUAUGUAAUUAGGAUAGGAAGCAGACUGACAAGAAAAAUUAGUCGAGCCUACCCUUACCUGAGAUGGAUCCCAUUGCUCCCACCAGGAGGAUUCGCUCCAAUUCUCAACCAAAUUGAACAAUGCAACCUGACCAACGUUAUUCGAAUUCGUAUGGGUUUUUUCGACUUUUUGUGGGGAAAAAAAUCUACUAGACCGUUUUAGUGUCUUGUACAGUAAGUUUAAAAGACUUGUUUUUGUUUAUAACAUUGCCAAAGACUACUAAUCGAUUCAACUUCACAAGGAAAAAAUUAAUAUGAUUUUAGCCUGUGAAACUUCGAGCUCUUUGAUCCGAUAACAAAAAUUGGUAAAUUUGCUUCAAAAUUGAAGAAGAUUCGGUUCAGGUGGCAAAAAAGUCGAACAGUGAGGUGCUGGGCUAAGAGAAGAGAAGACAAUCGCGUAGCCAAUUUGAUCCAGUCUUAACCUCAAUAUUGAACCAGCUUCUGAUUGGUCGUUUUGCCAGUCAAGAGCGUUCAUAAUAUUUUCAAACGGGAUGAAAAACAGUGCUGCUGAAUUUAUUUUGGCUAUUUUUCAUACACAUGAGCAUUUCAUGCAAAUUGAAUAAAUACCCUGAAUGACGAUAUAACUACGUGUAUUGUUAAGAGAGACACGAAUAAACAUAAAAUUCAAUUUUUAAAUGCAGCUAGUAUUGUGAAUUCUUGACAGAGGGUCGAUAUUUGAGGUACAAUUAUUUUCAGCAAUUGUGAAAAACAUGCAAAUGGAAUCUGGCAACGAUGGAUGCUUGUUAUCUUUAGAAUUACGACAGGGCCUGGUAGAUAAAAUUAAGAAGAGCAAGAAGCCUGUUGUCGUCAAUUCUCUUAGGUGCUGGGCUCAAAAGUCAGCUGUCCAAUCUGUGCGAGUUCCAACCAGGAAGGAUACUUAUUGUCAGUAGAAUCCUUCACAUCAAACAACGACUGACAAGUCUGUCAAAACAGAAGAUUCCCAACAGAAAGUAGCACUAACGGUAUCUGAUUCAUUUUUUCCUAAUCGCUUCAAUCCAUAACAGAACUUCAGCAGUUCCCUAACUCGGAGUUUUACUGAUUUGCCUAAUUAAUUAACGGAAUUUUCGUAUUUAUAAUCACAAAAUUACUGGAGCGAUUUUGUAGAACAAAACAUCUAAUUAAUCACACGUUUCAAGGUUUCGUAAGCAGAGGAUACUAGUUUUGCUAACGACUAUUACAUUUUGACUCAGCAUCAUAUCGAGUCCGAAUGACAAAAAUAAAAAUCUAUGCAUAGCGAUAUUUUUUUCCAUACUAUUACUGGUAGAGAAUUUCUAAUAGGAGCAAUUUUUUAACAUUCGUUCAUCGAGUAGCUAUGGCAAAAACGCAAACGUAAAACGAAAUACAAACAAAAAGGGUUUAUAUUUGUAAUCUAUCCACACAAUAUACACAAAAACACUCAAAUACUCACUUUCAACUUGAAGCAAGAGAGUAAGCAGAAGAAAAAAAAAACAUACAAAUCCAAUGUGGAAAACAGCAAUGCGAAAGUAGUAAACGGUACUUUUAGUACAAAGCAAAAGAGUAAAACAUAUAAGUAGAUAAAUUCAAUUUUAGUACUAUUUUAAAGCUGCUUUGAGUUGGCAAACAAAUCGUUCUCAAAAGUUUUAACUCUGGUUUAACUGAUCGUCGAUCUCAAGAUUCAAAAGGUCCACCAGCUGAAGAUUGUUCUAAAAAAAGUGUAAAUGACACCAGGAAGCAUGACACAAGAUCACGAAUACAACCAAAUGCUUUCGUACCUGAGAAAUGAAAAAACUUGCAAGAAAAAAUGGGAAAAACGGUAAACACGAAUAUAUUUUUCUACUCACAUCUGGACAGAAACAGUUCCCCUUAUUGCCAUAAGAGUGCCAUUUAUCAAGAUUGUACUAAAAUCAGUCUACCAUCGUAAGCAAAGUUAUUUUCGUUAAGUUUCUUGGUGUGAAAUAUUUCACUUUGACGGAGGAAGACGGAGAAGCUUCUAACUUUCCGGCUCUGCAUGGAUACAUGUUCUUGGGGUCACAUGAGUGUAUAAUAUGUACUCAUAGAAAACUGAAAAUAGAGACAGUUACCGAUGAACGAAAAGCGUGUAACAAUUGUAAAAAGGUACAGUUUUACACCCUUUUUUGUACUGUUUGCAUGUAAAAGCUAUCGUAAUAGGCUAAAAGGAUGUAAGAAAAACCAAUAAUUAAUAAUAUAUACGACAAUUAUAAGAAGGAGACGUAAACAGAUUCAAGCAAAUUACCCACUUUUACUCCAAUAUUGAUCAUAGCGACAGAAUACAACCAAAAGUCUAGACGUAGUGAUCUGAAAGGUAAAGGUAAGCUUUUCCACUAUAGAAAGUCUAUCUCAACUUCAAAUGAACGAAUCGUACGAACUCAUUAGUUGAAUAAUAAAAAUUCAAACCAAAAUUGCAAACCGAAAGAUUGAAACAAAGCAAAUAGAUGUAACGUAAGAAAUUUUGUAUUUCUGUUUUAAUAUUUUUGUACAGCAGCAACAAUGACAUUCGAGUCAAAGGAAAAAAACACGCAAACGUAUUUAUCUCCUUUUAUACCUUUUCAUAAAACCCCUAAACUAAUUAAGAUCAAAAUCUACGGGCAUAAAGUGUAUAAGCCGAAUCGUUCUUAAUUUUCUACCCAGCUCGUCGUGUGAGAAAAACGAAUAAAAAAAAAUAAAUAAUUAAAAAGUCUAUAAGCAAAAGAAGUCAGAUAAACGAUAUCUAGAGGUACUUGAAAGUUGGAAUAUCCCAAUGAUAUUAGUCAAAUUUCUCAAUAGUACAGAUAUAUAUUGAAUCAAAGCCACACAAAAUAACAAUUGUAAUCCAACCCACACAUAAGUAAUAAAUCAUACGACAGCCAUUUAUUCCGAAUUACUUGAUUUUUUACAGCCCAUGAAGCACCAGAGGCAAAUGUCCUGGAGAACUUUUAUUCUGUAGUAUUUAAAGUCGGUUCUUAAAGAUUUUUUUUCUUUUCGUAAUCCACAAAAUAAGUCAUUAUAUUUCAAACCAUAGCUCUACAUUGACGGCUGGUAUAAUUUUUUCUUCCUUUAUCUGCACAAUAAAAAUACUGAUGGUGCCAUGCCGACGGAUUAUUUGUGAGUCGCGACCAUGUUCGAUUUUCUUGCAUUUUCACAUCUUUCUUGAUUUUCAUAAGUUGUUCUCCAUCAUCAACGGCUCCCAGCAUAAGCUGAAAUAAAACCCAUACCAUUAAAUGAAGUGGCAACUGUUCGUCGAAAAACUCAAUCAACAAUUUCCCUAAUUAUCUGUGUGAAUGUAAUGCUUGAUAUGAAUAGCCGAUGAAAAAGAAAAAAAAAACAAU